UCAUGGCGUCUAACAUUGUUAUAAAAAAACAACCUCUAAAAAUGUUUUUACUCAACAACCACUAUUUCCUAUAAUCUCUAACUUACUUUCUAAAAUAGCUGGGUAACAGUUAUAAAAACAGUUUUCAUGGCCAAGGGCGCUGCGGCCAAGUAUUGUCGAUAUUGGCUAUCGAUGAAAUAUGGCUUUCGUUCGCUGUAUAUUAUGUUUAUGUUUAUACGAACGCGAAACUUGAUACAGUACGUAUCGUUUUCCGUAUUGGCUGACGACAAGAACGACACAUUGUGCUAAAAGCGCUGAAAACAUAACUCCUGCAAAUCGUUCAAAUGAGAAAGGAGUUUUUAAUUAACUCACGAAAAAAGUGUCUACUGAAAAGAAAAAAAAGUACUAGACACUCGCUAAUUAAUGAGUUUCUUACACUACCCCUCUCCACCCAAAUCGCAGAUAUUCUUAGAUUGAAAAUAGGAAAAACUUUCCCGUGAUCGCAACCUCUUUCGAACACGGCCACUUUACGAUUGUUUUUUUAUACAUUUAAAACUAUCAAUCGCCAGCGGCUCGUUCACUAUUGGUGAGGUGACCGGUCGAGCGCACGCGCGUUCCAAUUUCAAAUGAACAAAAUACGCGCGUAAAUUAAAAAAUAAAAUAAAGAGUUGUUUUCUUUUUUGUUCGUUUGUUUAGAAAAGUUUCAAUAUGGAUCCGGAGAAGAAAGAAAAUGAAGAAGUGACCGUGGACGAUAUUCUGAAUUUGUUGGGACCUUUCGGGAAAUUCAAUAUAUUAAAUUUUAUACUUAUACUGUUUCCUGUGUUUUUGGCGGGAAUAUAUUCUUCGGUUUAUAACUUCGAGAGCAUGGACUUGAAUUACAGGUGUGCAGUGCCAGAGUGCAGUGAAGAUGAAUCGGCACUCAACUUCACUAUUCCACAUGGUGACGAUGGCAAGCCGUACAAGUGCCUCCGUUACGCACCGUUCCCAAACUACACCAUCUUCGAGAAUGGGACCUACUGCGCACCGUAUCACUUUGAUACAUCGACGGAGGUCGAGUGUGACACAUACGUCUAUUUGGAAGAGCACUCUAUUGUUAAAGAGUUUAACCUCGCCUGCCAAGACUGGAAGCGGUCGCUGGUCGGCACAGUGCACAACGCUGGUUUCUUCAUCUCCAUCCCUCUCACCGGCAUAAUCUCCGAUAAGUUCGGGCGGCGACUCGCGGUCGUGUUCGCUGCCGUCGCCAACGGCGUGUUCGGCCUUAUUCGCGCGCUCUCCGCAAACUAUAACAUGUUCGUUGUGUUCGAAUUCCUGGAGCCUGCGUUCGGAGGGGGUGUUUACACCGCGUGCUUUGUUCUAGCUCUGGAAUUGGUGGGACCAAAGGGGAGAGUGUUUGUCAGUCUUCUCUUCAACACCAUGUUCAUUCUUGGCGGUGUCGCUGUCACUUUACUCUCAUGGUGGUUGCAGAACUGGAGAUAUUUGCUCUUCAUCAUUUACACUCCUUCCGUCUUCGUAUUCGUCUACAUGUGGACUUUGAGCGAGAGCUUCAGGUGGUUCUUCAGCAAAGGCCGAUACCAAGAGGGUUUGGACGUUCUCAGUAAAUCGGAAAAGUUCAACAAUGUGAACAUACCAAAAGACUACUACAGUCAAGUGGAGAAACAUGCUACGCAACAGAGAGACGCGAGGAAGUAUCAGUCAAAGGAAAGCAACCAGUCUUCGUUCAAGCAAAUCCUGACUUCGAUGAUGAUAUGGAAGAGACUGCUCAUAUGCUCAUUUUUGUGGACAGCAUCCACGUUAGUGUACUACGGUUUGUCUAUAAACGCAAUUGAGCUGUCAGGGAACAGUUACUUGAACUAUAUUGUGAUUAUUGUGAUAGAAGCACCGGCAAAUGUGUGUAAACUGAUAUUGCUGGACCGAUUCGGAAGGAAGAAGGUCAUAGCGAUUGCUUUCUUACUGACCGGCCUCAUACUGAUCAACUACGGUUUCGUUCCAGAGGGGAACUGGUCUUUAGUGAUGUACUUGGGUGGUAAAUUCUUCAUCACUUUAGCUUACAACUCAUUAUACGUAUUCGCGGCAGAAGUUUUCCCGACAAACUACAGGACUACGCUAUUGGCCAUGUGUUCUACUGUUGGAAGAAUAGGAUCUACGGUAGCACCAUUGACACCGUUGUUGGCGCGGUUCUAUGAGUACCUACCUACUAUUCUAUUCGGGGCAAUGGCAACAUUGUCAGCUGCUCUAGUCCUAACUCUACCAGAAACGAAUAACCUCAAACUCCCCGACUCACUGAAAGAAGCCCAGGACCAAGACAAAAAGAGAGAUCCCGAGGAAAACAGACAAACACAAGAUGAAAAAGACACUGUAAUCAAAAGUAGAUUAUAAUGAAAUGAACUAGGGAAGUUCAGUAUUUAUUUUAAACGUGUGUUGUUUGGUUAAAUAUUUGUGGAAGAGUUUUAUCAAGCAAAAAAAUCUUGUUAGGAUUUGUUUCAAUGGAAGUGUUUGUUAAAAUCUGCAUAAUAUUAAAAUUAUAGACAUGGAGAAAACACUAAGCGUUACCUGUCCAACAACUUAGUAAAACCGGACUGAUAAGUGUGAAAGGGAUGAUGCGAUCGUGCGGCCUAUUGUUCGUAAAAGUAUAGGCUGCAACAUCGUUUUCUCUCUUUCUAAAGAGUUACCCUCUUUCUAGUAAGUCAUAUUGUCGCUUAGUCAAUUUUCUGUAUCUAUGAUUAAAACACAGCCAUUGACUUCAUAACAUGAUUAUUAAGUAAAUUAUGUUGAAUGAAUUGUGACCUAAACAAAAAUCUGAGACCCGGUUUCUAAGACUGUUUAGAGAUAAAAAUUCAGUAUCAAGCCGUCAAAUCUAAUGUGAACUGUUAAUUAAUUACUGAAAGUGAAAGCCUAAUCAACUUAUCACUGUGUCAAAUGGCAGAGCCGUCAAUGUAGUUCAAUUAAUUGUUAUACGGCAAGCGCCGAUUUGGGUGUCUAGAAUUUUCGCUAAUAUUCGUUUGAAAAACUAAAUAUUUUUUGGCACUCCUAUUAAAAUAACAGGCAAUUAGUUUAAUUAUUUGACAAAUCUUUUAGAAACCAUGCGUUAGGAUUUGAAUUUAGUUAUAGGUGCAAAUUAUUGUGUGAUGAAAAUGAGAAUUUUAUAAGUCAAACUUUUAUUAUUGAUAUUAAAUUAAUGUAAUUUCAGUCGCCAUAGUACAAGCUCUGCUUAGAUUGAGACUGAAUGAACUAUGUGAAAGUUAAUAGGUAUGUAAUAUAUAAAUUUAAUAAUACCUCUAGAUAUAUUGUAGAUAUAAUUAUGUAGACUUUAGAUAAUGAUCUUGAGUUUGUCAAAUAAUGAAGUUUAUCAUUACGUUUAAUCAAGUUGAUUCUGUGUCGUCGGUUGAUAUAUCAUUUAGGUUAUAAUGUAUGUUCUAGAUAAUGAAAAUCUUAGUAUGCUGUAGGUACUUACAUUCCAAUUCUUUACAUUUUCUUCAAUAAUUGCUAGCAAAAGGUAAGAAUCUCAGGAAAUACUGAUCUCUACACAUAUAGUAUGUUCCAAAUUCUAUUAUAUUUUUAAAGGUAAUGUAUAUUUAGCUACGUAUUUAAACAAUGCUUGUCAGGUUGUAAAUAAUGGCUUGUUAAGUCAGGACAUUAUUUCAGAUUAGUCUUAUUUUAAAAUUGAUUUAUCACAAUCCUUUAAAAUCAUUGAAUUAUGUAACUUCCUAACAACCACUAUGACCACAUAAUAAGGAAACCUAAUAUCUCUAAUUACAGGCAUAUACCUAUUCAAAAAUUCUGUUUGUUUUUUAGAGUUGAAGAACAGGCUUCGCAUAAAUCAACUUUAAAAGGUCACUUAGCCUUAAGAGUUAAAAACAAGACGGUUGAAUCGGAACGCCUCUCUACUUUUCAUGUAGUGAUAUAACAAGAUAAUAAAACUUUGUUGCAAUAGAAAAAAUACGAAACCAAUUUUAUUCAUAAUUUCUUAUUUAUGUGGAGUUAUCAGUUUUGAUUCUGAAGAUGAACUUGAAAAAACAAAGAGAUUGUCACAAUACAUUGAACAAGCAUUAACUUAACAUAAUUCUCAUAUUGUAUUUUUUUAGGUUGGUUAGUUUUUUGAUAAUCACCAAAAUUAAUUAUUAUUUUAAAAAAACAUGUUCUUAUAUAAACAUGAUUACAAUUUAAUAGUACAAAAACGACAAUUUCAGUUACCUACCCAUUAACGGCCACUUUCAAUAAUCAACCUUCAGUAAAAGUAAUAGUUAUAAUAGUGAUAGUAGUAGCAAUAGUUGUUAUGCUAAUCGAAAUAAUAAAAAUAUUCAGGCAACAAAGUUGAAAACAACUGAUUAAUUAUUGAAACUGGUCCUAAAUAUUUUUUCUUCAUAGAUAAAUUAUUGGUCUCCUUUCGGUCGAGCGAAGCGAGACCAAUCAUUUAUCUAUGGUAAUGGUAAUAAAUGUAUUAACUUCCAUUAAGAAUUUUUAAUUAUUUUAAGAUUAAAGAAUUUGCUCUUUCUAAAAUUAAAAGUAUUUACAAAUUCAAUCAUAAUUAAUAAGUAAUUACUAAAAAAAUAUGUGUUUAUUUUAUUUCUGUUUUGGAUAAACAAAUAUUAUUAUAAACAUUUUAAUAAUUUCAAUGUUGAAAAAACGUAAUCCAAAUUAAUAUUUUUGAGCAA